CCCUCCAUACCACGGCGUCGCUCCACAGAGACACAGUGUGGCCUCCGCCUCCUCCUCGCACGUUUCUCUACUACAGACUAGACCAGACCAGACUAGAGCAGCAGCCAUCAUUCAUCCAGCGGUACAGGAGCUGAACGUGCAGCAUUCCCUCCCUCAUAGCAGCGAUGUUUUCCUGCAGAGCAGCCUGGCAGAGGUGUGGGCCUCUGGCCCGGAGAGCAGCCUACAGGAUGCCCCGGGACGUUGUGCAGCGGCGACCAAUGUCAUCGGUUCCUGGUGGGUCUGGAGAGAACAUAGUCUACACCCUGCUGUGUGGUGGAGCCCUUGUUGCUUCUGUGUCUUACGCAUACAGCACGUUGUCCUCUGACCACGCCAGGUUCAAUGAUCGCAUCUCAGAAAUCAAUGCCAGACCCAAGACAGAGUGGGUACCUAAACCAUGGCCACCUAAGAACAGGGACGAAGAAGACGGUGGAGAGGAAGAGGCCGCUGAGGAGGCAGCCGAGGAGGCCGCUGAGGAGGCAGCCGAGGAGGCUGUGGUUGGCGAAGAGGAAGCUGGAGCUGACGGCGAGGCAGAGACCCUAGCGGAGGAGGUCGCUGAGGUAGUCGCCGAAGUCGCAGAGGUCGUCGCCGAGGUGGCGGAGGAGGUCGCCGAGGCUGCGCACGAAGUGGAGACGGUCGCAGAAGAAGUGGCUCACAUUGCCGAAGCCGUCGAGGAGAUCGCCCAUGAUGCUGCGGAACCAGCCGUCGCCGCCGAGGAGCCUGAAAGCAACGUGCCGCUGGCAGCUGCAUCUGCUCUAGACGUACCAAAGAUAGCUGAAGCAAAGGAAGAGUUGGCAACCGCUGUUGAAGACCUCAAAGAGUUCCUGGCACCAGUAGAGGCACCACCUGCUGAAGAAAUAGCAUCAGUUGAGGAGGAUACUAAGCCUGCAGAAGAGGCCCCUGCACCAGUAGAACCUGCACCCACAGAAGAGGCCCCUGUCGAGGUUGCACCAGUUGUUGAGGUUGCACCAGUUGAGGACGCCCCAGCACCAGUUGUUGAGGAGGCCCCUGCACCAGUAGAGGUUGCACCAGUUGUUGAGGAGGCCCCAGCACCAGUUGUUGAGGAGGCCCCUGCACCAGUAGAGGUUGCACCAGUUGUUGAGGAGGCCCCUGCACCAGUCGAGGUUGCACCAGUUGUUGAGGACACCCCUGCACCAGUCGAGGUUGCGGCAGUUGUUGAGGAGGCCCCAGCACCAGUCGAGGUUGCACCAGCUGUUGAGGAUGCCCCUGCACCAGUCGAGGUUGCACCAGUUGUUGAGGAGGCCCCAGCACCAGUUGUUGAGGAGGCCCCAGCACCAGUAGAGGUUGCACCAGUGGUUGAACACACAGCUCUAGCUGAAGAACCAGUCAUCACCAUAGUUGAGGAAGAAGUUGCAACCCUUGCCGCGGAAGUAGCCAGCCCUGCGGUGGAAGAAGAAGCAGCAGCUGCUGAAAGUCCCAAGAGAGAGUACAUUGUCGUGGUUCUGGAAGGAACGCCUAAAGCUGAAAAACGGCCCAGGGUGCUGGGAGUGGGGUCCAUGACUGGUAGAGUCAUCCCAGCUCCAGACGAUGACGGUGCCCCUGCUUCUGAGGGUAGGCGACGUCUUCUUAGGAUGCAAAUGCAGUAGUUCCAAAGAAGUAAACCGCUCCUGAAUGAUGACUUUCUAUCCAGCAGAAGAGGAUGUGCCUUUGUCCAACAUGUUCCCUUCCUCCUUUGAUCCAUAAAAACGCACAGCACUACCAUGUAGUUCCAAGAUACGCAUACUUUACAGUGUUUAGAUCAAUGCCUGCUUUAUGGAACCAUUAUCCUGACAUACUAGUGGCACCCAUUACUGUGACACUCCACACCGACUUGCAUGUCUUGACUCUGUAGUCCUAGAUGAGCCCAGUCAAUCUCUGGUAUACCUUUUAGUAGCCUCGAUAACUUGUUCUUGUAACUCCAGUGAAUUGCAACCUGUUUACUGCUGUGGACAAAGCUGAGCCAUUAAGUCACCUGUUACAGUGUUUACUGCCUCAGAAAUCACUCCAGUGGAAUACCUUGUUACUCAUCCCCAUGUCCUGUUAACCCAGUCUCUGCCCAGCCACUUGUAAUGUGAAACUAGUUUUACAUUUUAAAGAAGAAAGGGAUGUUUUUGUUCACCAGCAUUUCUUUUUUACAAUACCCGACCUCAGGUUUUCCUUCUCUUGGUGUAAAAAUGAACAGCUGGAAACACCUUCUGUACUGUGAAGAAACACCGAGCACACUUGCUCAACAGGCCAUGUACAGAAGCUACCUUGCUACCUCACUGUUCCUCGUGUUUUCAGUCUUUACAAUGACACUACCGACCUCUUCUUGAUGCAGUCCCAGUGUUACAGUUCCUAAGCCAACAACACAGUUGCUAAGCCACCGACAUGUGAUCACCUAACUUGUACUAUUAUACCAAAUAAGGCAGGCAUUUGUCGAUUUCCCUUUACUUUUCUUCUUUUGUGAAGGUCAUUUAACCCUGAAACAUAGAACUGCUGCUCUGCUCUCAUUGGGUUAGAACUUCCCUUUGGCCACUCCCCCUUUGGUGAUGUCACAGUGGGUAUUUUGAUAGUUUGACUGAUCAGU